UUCAUAAUCAACAUCUUUGCAAGAAGACCGAAUUUCGUUGCCAGGCCUCGUAGACCUCACAUUGUCCUAAUUUCCGCGGUCUUAGCAAAACCAUAGCAACCUCAGGUGGGUCUUCCUCUUCGAGCAAGGUAGCAGAAUCAUCGAAGGAUCAUGGCAGGCGUCCAAACUUUCAAGCUCGGAGACUGGAAACUCCAGUCAGGACAAAGCAUCCCGGAUGCUGAGAUAGCAUUCAAGACUUUUGGUGAUCCGAAGUCUCCUGCUAUCAUAUAUCCAUCGUGGUACUCCGGCUCUAUCGCGGACAACGAAUGGCUGAUUGGAGAGGAUCAUGUCUUGAAUCCAAAGAAGUACUUCAUUGUCAUCACCGCUCUCUUUGGAAAUGGACAAUCCACUUCCCCGUCCAAUUCCAACAUUCGCCCAUUUCCAAGAGUCACUUUCUUCGACAACGUGAGAGCUCAGCACACUCUCGUCACGAAGCAUCUUGGCAUCACGCAUGCAAGAGCCGUACUAGGCUGGAGCAUGGGAGCAGGACAAACCUACCAAUGGGCAACAAGCUAUCCUGACUUCAUGGAUAUUAUCGUGCCAUUCUGUGGUGCCGCGAAAACCUCCCUACAUAAUCAAGUCUUUCUUGAAGGCGUGAAAUCUGCCCUGCUUUCAGCUAAGAAGCACCGAUCUGCUGGGUCUUGCGAAGACGGAGUUCUCCCCAAAGGAGAAGAGUAUCGCACUUGGACCGCAGAAGAGAAGGAGGCUGGGUUGAAAGCGUUUGGCCGUGUUUAUGCUGGGUGGGGUUUCAGUCAAGCUUUCUAUCGUGAGAAGCUCUAUGAAAGUGUGCUUGGCUUCAAGGACUUAGAGGAUUUCAUGAAGAACUUCUGGGAGACCUGGGCAUUAUCUAAAGAUCCCGAAAACUUGUUAGUCAUGUUGUACACAUGGCAAUCAGGGGACUGCUCCAAACAAGAACCAUACAAUGGGGAUUUCAAAGCUGCCAUGCAAGCUAUCAAAGCAAAAGCCCUCGUUCUUCCAGGAAAGACAGACUUGUAUUUCCCGUAUGUUUAUAUACUUCAACAUCAUUGGCGAGAACAUAAAGCUAACGAGCAUAGACCUGAGGACUCUGAGAUUGAAGUUGAGAACAUGAAAGAGGGAGUGGGAAUUAUGGUUCCAUUCCCCAGUAUCUGGGGACAUUGGGCUGGAGGACCUGGAGACAGCAAGGAAGAUGUGAAAUGGCUUGAUGAGAAGCUUCGACAAGUUGGGCUUGGGGAUAGUAAGGAUGAAGCUGACUGGCUUGCUGAGAAGUUCCAGAACGCGAAGAUCUGAGGAACCAAAGUUAUUGGAGGACAAGAGAUUGCAAUACUCCUAGUGUCUUUGGUAUCGAAAUGACGAAUCUGAAUCUUGGUUUCCUAACCAAAUAUGGA